CUACUGGCAGGACUCGUAUCUGGAGCACAUUUCCACGUCUACAGGCAUCAAGGCCACGCUGCAUGGGCGGUGCUCCAACAACCACGAGAUCAACGGCGAAGAGCUGAAUGCACCGCUGCACAUCUCUCUGACUGCCAGUGAUGGCUCCUCUGCUGCACAGAUGGCCGAGGCAAAGAAACUGGCAGACAGCCUCAUUGACACGAUCCGGGACGAGUGGCAGCAGCAGCAGGCAGGGGGGGGAGGCGGAGGGGGAGGAGGCGGAGGAGGGGGUGGGGAAGGGGAGAAGGAAGGGGGUGGGGGGGGAGGGGUGUCGGGGCCGGGGUAUGCGGCGUAUGGGGGGCUGUAUUCGCAGGUGGGGGUGGGGGGAGCGGCAGGGGGCGGAAAGGGUAGCUCUGGUAAGGGGAGGAAGUUUAGGGAGGUGACUGAGGUGGGGGGGGAAGGCGGGGGAGGCGGCGGUGGUGGUGGUGGUGGUGGUACCAGCGGUGGUGCCAGCGGUGGUGCUGGCGCUGGGGCUGGUGCUAAUGGUGGUGGUGGGACAGUGGGUGCAGCAGGCACCUACACAUCUUCAUAUGGCUCGUAUGGGGGAUCGUACUCCACCUAUCAGCCAAAUCAUCAUCAGCAGCAGCAGCAGCCACAGCAGCAGCAGCAGCAGCAGGCACAGCAGCAGCAGCAGUAUGGAGCAGGAGGAUCGUUCUCUCCGAAUCAGUCCGCUUCCAUGCCUCCACCUCAGGCUCGGUCGGUGAUGGGCCCGCCGCCACCGAAGCUGCCGCCUAGGUUCGGCGCGAAUGGACCGGGAGGGCAAAACGGUGCAGGUUCCGCAAAUCCGACUCCAGGUUCCGUAGCAGCCAGGGGAGGCACAACCCUGGUCGACUAUGGGGAGGAGGAGGAAGAGUGACGCGGCAACUGGCAACUGGCAAACGGCAGCAAUACUUCCAAGCAUAUGGGUGUCUCGCUGCAGUUGGCCACUCGCUGCCGCUAAGGCCAGAGCAGGCAUGCAUUGCAGACAGGCCAAGCAAGGCACAAGCGCACUGGCUGCGUCCACUUUCGUCUCUUUUUGCAGUGCCGCUUUACAGGGUACAAGCAGGUUCUCUACUCAAGACCAGCUCUUGUUUUCAUGGCUCAUCAGUUUUGUCUGCCUCGAGUCUGCCCCCUUUCCCUCCCCUUCCUGUGCCUGUGCAUGUGGCUGUGCUCCCUUUGUUGUGUUAUGCUCCCAUCUCUGUUUGACUGGGCUUUCUUUCUGGAGAUGGGGUUCGCCGUCUGAUUUGAUUGUCGUCAUACCUCCAUCCUGGUUUGUUGCAAAGUGAGCAUAUCCUGCACAACAUUGUUGAAGUGGUUGCAUAAAGAUAGGCUUCUAAAACUUGGGACAGGCAGGCUAUACAAUUUCUUGAAAUCUAAGGCCAUGUUACGUUUUGGCUCGUGACGUCAGCAGCUU